AUGGGUCCUGAUUUGCAUUAUUUUGUGACUGAUCGCACGGGAAAUGAAUUACUCGAACUGUACGAAUCCUGUCGUUUCUUACCCUGGGUCUCAUAUGUUGAGCACCAGCCACAAUUCCCUGUUGAAAAGAAGGCUCUAGCCUUUUAUCCUCAUCCAAGACCAUACAAAGUCGUCGAACUUCCGGACGAUGACGAAUACAUUUUAGCGGUUAAGAAACGCGCCGAGAAAAUGAGAUUUACGGUGACUUUUAACGAUCCGAAUAGCCGUGAUAUGUGGCAAUUUCUCAAUGAUGGUAAUUCAAAUGCAGGCGAGUAUGCUGGAAUCGAUCUUAACGUCUACCCGGUCUACAUAUCCAACAUCACCGGCAAGGGCGUCAUAGGCAUCAUUGUGGAUGAUGCCCUUGACACCACUCACGACGACCUUCUGCCUAACAUUCAGCUAAAUCUCACCGCUGAUCUGGUCAACGUCACACGGAAGGAUGCUCGUGGAACUGAUGCCAGGAUGGAUAAAGUUGAUAAUCAUGGUACGGAAGUGGCUGGCCUAUUCGCUGCAGUGGCAAACAAUUCCAUAUGCGCUUUUGGUGUGGCCUACAAUGCUACAUUGGGAGGAGUUCGUCUACUCGGAAACAGAGUUACAGAUUUUAUGGUUGGGGAGGCUUUAACACUUUUCUCGGACGUGGCCAACAUCUACAUCUCCUCCUGGGGUCCCACUGAUGAUGGUAGGACAUUGCGCUCUCCUGGGAAAUACAUGAACUCGGCACUGAAGGAGUCCGGUACUAAGGGCAACCACGGCCGCGGCUCGGUGUUCGUCUUCCCCGCGGGUAAUGGCGGUGCCAUGGGAGACAACUGUGGUGCUGAUGGGUUCGUCAAUCACCCCAACGUGAUCGCUGUCAGCGCGGUGAGUGAAAACGGUUUGCCGCCUGUUUACAGUGAAGCCUGUUCUGCGGUGGCGGUUGCCGUGCCGGUCGGGGGCGCUCAGGACAGACUGACAUUCAAGUUUCAACUUAAUACUCAAAAACUCUUCGUGUACACCACAAAAAUCAACAACCUGUGCACUGGCAGCUUUGUUGGGACCUCCGCCUCAAAUCCCAUAGCUGCGGGUGUAAUCGCUUUAGCUAUGGAAGCCAAUCCAAAUCUCACUCCACGUGACGUGAGCGCAUUGCUGGCUCUGAGUGGUCGAAUCCCCUCCCCCAGUGCCGUGGACUUCAGCAUUAAUGGUGGUGGAUUGUUGGUGAGUCACACCUAUGGAAGCGGUCUGUUGAACGCCGUCCGGAUGGUUAAGCUGGCAAGACACUGGAAACCGUUGGGUCAACGAAAACUGUGCUUCCUGUAUAAAGGAGAGUGGAGGGAUGCCAACAAAUUGUUCAAUGAGACGAAGCCUAAGUCCUUCACUUCUAAAUUUCUCCCAGAACUUUUCCUCACCAUAGCAUGUCAUCUUCAACUAAAACAUCCCUCAGUUAACCCCUCAAGAUUCACCGUCAAACACAUGACUCUGGAAGUGGGUCGAUACACUGGAGUGAGCGUUGGCAUGAGUAGCAUCAAUGGAGCUCUGUGCCACCGUCAUGGGGACAUAUACAACGCCUCCGAAAAAGGCCUACCUCAGAUAACUCAGGGAGUAGCUUGA